UUAAACAGUUAUAGUGUAAAACUAAUUUGACCGAAAUUAUUUUUAACCACAUCUAAAAAUUUCCAAAAGUUAAAUAUUUACGAAGUAAUUAAACUACGGUAUUAGUAAUAAUAACUCGCGAAAGCCUUAUUUCUUCAUAACUUGCAAUUUCCGUUUUUUAAGUGACGUGAUGUGUAGACUACUUUUGUGGAAUAGGCUUCAUUUCGUGCUUGUAGGAGUUGAAGGUUUAUUACAUAUUUGUAAUUAAUACAUUAUUUUACAUCAACUCCCAACAGAAAAAAGGAAAGAUUAGCUAAAAAUGAAUUCAAAUGACCUAUCAAGUGAUGAUAAUUGUGUAGUGUGUUGUCGCAAAUUGAGCAUAUUUGCUGUUGGUAUUUGCGACCAUCCUGUUUGCCACGAAUGUUCGACGAGAAUGCGUGUACUUUGCCGGCAAAAUGAAUGUCCCAUAUGUAGAAGGGAGACGCCCAAGGUUAUCUUCACAAGAAACUUGCAUCCUUUCGCUGAGCUUUCCAAGAGCACGUACCCAAUGGACCAGAAGUAUAAGAUCAUGUUUGCAGACAAGUCAGUUCAGUCAAGUUAUGAAAAGUUGUUACAACACGUUUGUGGCGUGUGUCAUGGAAAAUCACCUUUCCGAACUUUCAAUCUGCUAAAAGAACACAUGAAACGAUACCAUGAACUCUUCUACUGUGAGCUGUGUGUGGAACAUCUAAGGAUAUUCAGUUUUGAACGAAAAUGUUACACCAGAAGGGAACUUGGCCGGCACAGAAGGACCGGAGACACUGAUGAUACUUCUCACAGAGGUCAUCCUCUCUGUGAAUUUUGUGAAGAACGCUUCCUCGACAGUGAUGAACUGUUUCGACACUUGAGAAGAAUGCAUUACUUCUGUCAUUUCUGCGAUGCUGAUGGACUUCAUCAGUUUUAUAGUGAUUAUGAAGAAUUAAGAAGACAUUUUCGUAAUGAACAUUAUUUGUGCGAAGAAGAUUCGUGCCGAGAUGAGAAGUUUACAUCGGUAUUCAGGAACGAGAUAGACUUGAAAGCUCACAAGGCUCAGAACCACAGCAAAAACAUGACAAAGAUGCAAGCUAAACAGUCCAGAACUCUAGAACUGGAAUUUACUAUCACUCCUCGAAAUUCAAAGCCAAAUGGAAUUAUUAGUGCAGCUGACUACGAGGACUUCCAUACACAAAAUAGAAGAGGCCGACGAGGUAAUCAACGAGGCCAACCCAACACUAAAUCACAGAGGCAGGAAGGUUUCACAGCUUCUGACCAACCUGCCAGAUCUGAAAAAAAUAUCAAUACAAAGUGUGAAAAAGAGUUCCCUCAGCUAAGCACAAACUUCACAAAAGGAGCAACCCUAAACAAUGAUACUGGAAGCAUGACCACUAAUGACACAAUGGCAAAUCGUUUGGCUAAAGCUAAUCGUUUUACCAUUCGUACAGGUGCUCCUCUCAAAGCAGGUGGACGAAUGAACCUCACUAAUACAGAAGAAUUCCCAACUUUAGGAUCUACUACAAUACAAAUUCCUUCACAAAGUUGUCAAUCUUCUUCCCAAGUAACAGUGACAUCUAAACCAGAAUCACCCGUAAGCCCAGGGACAAGAAAAACAUUACUCUUUAGAAUUAACAGCCAAGAAGAAGGUAAUAACUCGUCUAAGCGGAGAGCUCCGAAUGUAUCGAUCCAAGUUUCUCGAACUCAAAAUGUAAUUCCACCAGAUGGUGCUAAAAACUCUGUAGCAGACAGUGGGACAAUGAAAAAGGUGUCGAGUUACCAAAAUAUAAUGCUUCAAAAACCUGGAACCUCAGUUACAACAAGUAGUCUUACAUCAGUAUCAUCCGACAUGCACCUAGACGUUAGAGCUUCAAGACCUGGUGUGAAACCAUCAUGGGUCAGUACAAAAACUGCCAGUCAUGGAAAAUUUGAUGAUGAAUUUCCUCAAUUAGGUGAAACAAAGGAAGUUCCUCAGUCACUUACUAAUAAUGCCUGGUCCUCGGUCACUAUCCCUGUUAGUAGCUGUGAUGUGCCAGUUACUGAAUCAGGUGACACUUCUAAACCUGCAAUGGUGAUGGUGAAAAAUAAGUCCAAGAAGAAAAAGCAGAAACCCGUUAACACUGAGAUAAACAUUAAAGAAAAAAACGAAACAAACAAAAAGAAAAAGAAAGAGACUGAGUUCUUCAUAGGAGAAGAUAACGAAAAAAUUAAUUGUAGCAGCAAAUGUUCCAUUGAAAAUCAAGAAAAUGAAGAUCCUGGUUGUACCCAAGAACAAGAGUCCAUCACAGACCUAAAGAAGUCUUCAGAAGAAAACCCUAAAAUAACAUCUUCAGAUAGUACAGAGGAGUUAACCCAACAAACUAAGAGUCUUGCUAUAGAAGACUUUCCACCUCUCGAUGUUCCAUUGAGUAAGAAGCCUCCAACUCCACCUGGCUUUAGUUCUAAAACUAGUAAUGUUAUCACCCCCCCUCCUCCUCCUGGAUUUGAUUCUGGCCAAAGUGUUGUAAAGCCAAGUGUUAAUAUUUCACUGAGUUCAGUAGCAAGACAGUUGACGUGUACAUCUUCUAAUAUGUCUCCUGUAUCCUCAAUGACCUUCAUCAGCAGUAGUGGACAGACCUUUCCUUUGUCUACACAACCAACGAUACCAAAUCAUAAUUAUACCCAACCUAUAGACUUUCAGGAGCGAAACCAUGCCCUCAUUCAAGCGAUUCAGGUUAUACUUGACGGAAACAUGGAGCGGUUUCGGAGUUUCAAAACAUUUUCUGGACAUUUUCGACAAAACCUCAUCUCUGCUCAGGAAUAUUUUGAAAAUUGCCUUGACAUACUAGGUAAAGCCGAAUUUAUCCGAAUUCUCCCAGAGUUAGUAGUAUUGCUUCCGGACAUCAACAAACAGCAAGAGUUAUUGAUAGUGCUCAACAAUUUCAAAAAAAGUGAAUUUGACAAAGCUGGAGGAGCCAUCCCAAAGAACAAUAUAUCAGGAGUGUGUUAUUUCUCUAGUAUUCCGUUUUUGGUUUGUGCAACAUGUCAGCAAGUUUUGGCUAAAGAAGACUUUCACGACCACAUGGCAGUUCAUAAUCCAGAUACAGAUAAUCUGUUCCCUCCAUUAUCUGCACAGAGUGCCACUACCCGUAUAUCUUGGGUGAAAAAGUGACCUUCGUUUUUUUUUUGUAUAGAAGACUGUUGUACAGGCCUAGGGAAUUUAAAAAUGUCUUAUACUACCUUGUGGAAGUUUAAAAUAAUACAUGUAGACUUUAAGGCUGUUCUACUGAAAAUUAUAAAAGAAGAAAAAUAUUGUAAUUGUUAAAAACUUGAGCAUUAAUGAAGCAAUGCUUAUUUGGUCACUGGAUUUCAGAUGUCAUUAUUAACAGCUUUUUAUUUUAUAAAAAAUAAUUAACAGAUCUGUAGUUUCAUAAAAGUAAAAGCUUAUAAUUUGUUAACCAGUUUUGUAAUUUUUUAAAGAACGUAAUACGCACUGAAGAAUAGAAGAUACUCUCGAAAAGUAGUACACGACUUGACGUCACAGAAGAAACUACUUCCAACAUUUUGCUUCUAAGGUUAUUCUUAUUAAAAUACCUUGUAAACAAUCUUAAGAUCCAGAACAGGUGCAGUAUAAUAGGCUUUAACACGUUAAAUUGUUUGGCUUUGUUUUCCCUCUGUAGAUGUUCGUACAUCCCCUGGUUUGGGUUUAUGGAAACAAAAUUUUGCAGGUGAAAUGUUGGAAAUACACCUCUUUCCCUAGGAGUCAAGUUGUGUAUUAUUUUAGGAGUUCACAUGAUUACAAAUAAUGUAUUUAGGCUGUAAAAUAUUACUAAGUUGGCUGUGUGGACUGUCUUACAACUAAAUCAGUGGGAUUUUAGGGUUUUUCUGUAUAUUUUGUUUGCAAAAAAAAGAAACUAACUAGAAAUUUAUGUUUAUUGCUUCUUUAGAAGAAUCUAAAGACCAAAACUUAUACAUUUAUAGUUUUUAUUUCGAUUAUACUUACUCAGCGUGACUCUUAAACUAAAAUUGACUCUGUAGUUUUGUUUUGUAUUUGCUACACUUUCUAUGAAAAAGUUACACGAAAAGUUAUUCAACUUCUGAAGGUUUUUUUUUCAAGCUUCGAUAGAUGUAAAAAUUAAAAGAAGCAAAUCAAGACCCUAACAUUUAAGUUUUAUAGUUUAAAUAACUUAGUUAUAAAGUCACUUGUGUAAAACUCCACAGUAAUAAGAUGUUACUUGUCAGCAUAAUUCUUUGCAUAAAUAAAAUUGAGAG